AUGAGUUUCAUGAGACUCCUCAAGGAAAAUGAUAAGCAUCAGGAAAGGGAUUUGGAGGAGGAUGAAUGUUUGCAGUCUUUCUUUGAUUCCAUAAGGCAACAAGUUUCUAAGAAAAAGACUCAAGAUAAAGUAGAACAACUAGUGGAUAAUGAUGCAGAUGACAGUGAAAAAGAACGAGAAACUUCAAAAGACAAAGAAGGUCAAUUAGAGGAAGCAGAACGAAAUGGUGAAGAAGUUGCUAUCAGUGGUGAAAGAAGUGAAACCUCCAAAGACAAUGAAAAGGAUGAAGAAGUAAAUGAAGAUGCAUCCAAAGAGCCCGAGCAAGUUGCUGACAGUGGUGAAGAAAGUGAAACCUCCAAAGACGAUGAAAAGGAUGAAGAAGUAAAUGAAGAUGCAUCCAAAGAGCCCGAGCAAGUUAUAGAGAAGAAGCAAGGAAAAAGAAAGAAGGAUCGGAUGGAAGAGGUUGAAGAAGUAAAUGAAGAUACAACCAACAUUUGCAAGGAAAGGAACACCGAUGAGGAACCUGUCGAUGAUGCUAGCACCUCCAAAUCCAAAAAACAAAAAAUACAACCUACGGAUGUUUCUGCUGAUGAUGUUAUAGAAGGUGUAUUGGAAGAUCUCACCCUCAAGGAACAAGAAGAAGAAGAACAAGUUGAUGAUGAAGCCCAGAAGCCGGUGCAAGUUGAACAGAAGAAACGAGGAAGACCAGCAGGAAGAAAGGGCAAAACAAAUGAGGAGAAAAAACAACAAGUGGAAGCAGAUGAUGAAGCCCAGAAGCCGGUGCAAGUUGAACAGAAGAAACGAGGAAGACCAGCAGGAAGAAAGGGCAAAACAAAUGAGGAGAAAAAACAACAAGUGGAAGCAGAUGAUGAAGCCCAGAAGCCGGUGCAAGUUAAACAGAAGAAACGAGGAAGACCAGCAGGAAUAAGGGGCAAAACAAAUGAGGAGAAAAAACAACAAGUGGAAGCAGAUGAUGAAGCCGAGAAGCCGGAGAAAGGUGAAAAGAAUAAUAAACCAGGAAGACCAGCAGGAACAAAGAGAGUUGUUGCAGGCACCUCCAUCUCGGAAAAACAAAAGACACAAGCUGGGAAAGAUUCCAUGGUGAAUUUGAAGAAAUGAAAUUCAUUCAGUUUUUAGUGCUAUCUUUUGUUCCCUUUUGAAAUAGUGUUAUCUUUUCUAAUGUCUUUGCUGAAA